GGAAGAAUGCUCCUCAUAUUGGUGAUCGGUGGCGAAGAAUGCUCCUCAUAUUGGUGGUCAGUGGGAAGAAUGCUCCUCAUAUUGGUGGUCAGUGGGAAGAAUGCUCCUCAUAUUGGUGGUCAGAGGGAAGAAUGCUCCUCAUAUUGGUGGUCAGUGGGAAGAAUGCUCCUCAUAUUGGUGGUCAGUGGGAAGAAUAAUCCUCAUAUUGGUGGUCAGUGGGAAGAAUGCUCCUCAUAUUGGUGGUCAGUGGGAAGAAUGCUCCUCACAAUGGAAGACAGUGGGAAGAAUGCUCCUCACAUUGGAGGUCAGUGGGAAGAAUGCUCCUCACAAUGGAGGUCAGUGGGAAAAAUGCUCCUCACAUUGGAGGUCAGUGGGAAGAAUGCUCCUCACAUUGGAGUUCAGUGGGAAGAAUGCCCUGUACAUUGGUGAUCAGU